GUAGACAUUGUUGCUAUAGCGAUCGCUAUAAGAGAUCAAAUUGAAGCAUUCAGGCCGUACAUAAGCAUGAUACAGGCUCUUCGAAAUCCAGGAAUGAAGACCCGAGAUUUUGAGGAACUUAGCAAGCAAACUGGCAUACAAAUAGCGCUCACACCGACAUUAACUUUUAAAAAUUUAGUGGUUCUCGGCGUAAUGAAUUUCGAAGAAAUUAUAAAAAGUGUUGCGGACGCAGCAGCGAAAGAAUAUUUGAUAGAAGACACACUAAGUAAAAUAAUAGCUGAAUGGAAAACUAUUACAAUGGACAUUAUUCCUUACAAAACUACAAGUACAUACAUAAUGAAAGUCUCUGAUGAUGUUCUUAUUCUCUUGGAUGAUGACAUACUUAACAUUCAGCAAAUUAGUUUUAGUCCUUACAAAGCUGCCUUUGAAACUCAAAUUAUUGAUUGGGAAAUUAAAUUAAGAUUAAUUCAAGAAGUAAUCACAUUGUGGAUUGAAGUGCAAAAGUAACAAUUCUUAGCUUUUACUGGCUAUUGUAUGUUUAGAUAUUUUAUAUAUUAAUUUAAUAUGAUAUAUAUACAGGCAGUGGAUGUAUCUGGAACCAAUAUUUUCGUCUAAAACUAUUAACCGACAGUUACCCGUGGAAUCACGGCAAUUUAAUACAAUGGAAUGCAGCUGGAGGCGCAUCAUGAAAAACGCGUACGAGUACUCACAUGUAUGCAAAAUAUUUUAUUAUUUAAUUUGUUAACUUUCUAGAUCAUUCAUUCUCUAAAUAAAACCUCACUGGAAAUAAAUGCGUUGCUCUAAUAAUACGUUCAAACAUAAAAUUCAAUUUUCAAGCUUAAGAGACAAACAAAAACAUUAAAUCAAUUUAAAAAAUUUUUAAAUAAAUAAGCAGCGAUAAUUAAUUAUUCUGUAAAGCGAUGUAUAUUGUCAGAUUAAUUAUAUUUGCGCAUUUUGCGAUAAAUAAACUUUAUUUUACUUACUAUACAGAUAAUUAUAACGUGCCCGGAUAAAAUAUUGUUCG